CGCGUGCGUAUCGAAUCACGUGGGUAGCGGACCUGCGGCUGAGUCCGGGGCGGCGGCCGCGCGGACUGGUGGCGGGACGGGAUACGGAGAUCGCACCGCUUAUUGCAGGUUGCCAUGGCUGCGGUUGACAGCUUCUACCUCUUGUACAGGGAAAUCGCCAGGUCUUGCAAUUGCUAUAUGGAAGCACUGGCCUUGGUGGGAGCCUGGUACACAGCCAGAAAGAGCAUCACGGUCAUCUGUGACUUCUACAGCCUGGUCAGGCUGCACUUCAUCCCUCGCCUGGGGAGCAGGCCCGACCUCAUCAAGCAGUAUGGAAGAUGGGCCGUCGUCAGUGGGGCCACAGAUGGCAUUGGGAAGGCCUAUGCUGAGGAGUUAGCAAACCAUGGACUCAACAUCAUCCUGAUCAGCCAGGAAGAAGAAAAGCUGCGGGCUGUGGCCCAGCACAUAGCUGACACUUACAGAGUGGAGACAGUUGUCAUGGUGGUGGACUUCAGCAAAGGCCGGGAGAUUUAUGCUUCAAUCCGAGAAGCCCUGAAAGACAUUGACAUUGGCAUCCUGGUGAAUGACAUGGGUGCAUUCUACCCUUACCCCCAGUAUUUCACCCAGCUUCCUGAGAACACACUCUGGGACAUUGUGAAUGUGAACAUUGCGGCUGCAAGCUUGAUGGUCCAUAUAGUGCUUCCGGGAAUGGUGGAGAGAAAGAAGGGCGCCAUUGUCACAGUGUCUUCCGGCUCCUGCUGCAAGCCUACACCACAGCUAGCUGCCUUUUCUGCAUCCAAGGCCUAUCUGGACCACUUCAGCAGAGCCCUGCAGUAUGAGUAUGCCUCUAAAGGGAUCUUCGUGCAGAGUCUGAUCCCUUUCUACGUGACCACCAGUGUGACUGCACCUGGCAGCUUCCUGCGCAGAUGCCCGUGGCUGGCACCUUCGCCGAGAGUGUAUGCACAGCAUGCUGUGUCGACCCUGGGCAUUUCGAGAAGGACCACAGGCUACUGGUCCCACUCUAUUCAGUUUCUUUUUGCACAGUAUAUGCCUGAGUGGCUCUGGGUUUGGGGAGCAAACCUUCUCCACCGCUCCCUACGGAAAGAGGCCUUAUCCCACCAAGCCUGAAUCUGGACGCUCAGGGGAAGUUUCUCCAAGUCACAGCAACCUGCAGUAUUCCGGCAUUUGGAAAAUUUAGUUCACCUGUGUGUUGUCUCUUACUGAGUACCUAGUGUGUUGCCAUCUUUCACGAGGCCGACUUUCAGUCUGUGAGAAAACCUCAGGGACCACAUAGGUGGCCCAGGGCACAGAGCCACGAAGCUUAAGAACAGAACAGAAGGCUUCCCUAACACUUAGAAAGUGACUGGCCAGUUUCUGUAAGGGAAAUCACCUUUUCCUCUUAUAGGUGAUUAUAGUACUGGCUGGGCAUGGUGGCUAUGUCUUUUUAAUUCCAGCAAUGGGGAGAUAGAGACAGGUGCAGCUCUCUCUAUUUGUCUGGGCUAUACAGGGAGUUUCUGGCCAGCCAGGGAUACAUAAUUACAACCUAUCUUAAAUAAUAAUAAUGUUCAUCAGGAUGACAACAGAAAAGUGUUAUUUUCUAACUGUGAGUGCAAGUGGUGUUAGUAGUAGAUAUGUGUGUCACAUCACAUUGCUCCAAGUGAGGGCAUGUGUGUGUGCACACUGCCUUUCUCUUUUGUCUCCCUAGAACCAUGUGUAUGCCAUGUGCUGUGUGUGUGUGUCUGAGCAAUGUUACUGAUAUGACUUUAUUUAAUAGAGACUUUGUCAGGACGAGGAAAUGGGGUUCCUUACCAUAUAAAAGUCUGGGUUACUCCUUUCCACAUGGUAAAAGCCUGCCCGACUCUGUCGUGGGCUCACCAUGUGGACACUGCUUCCUUUGAGUAUUGUUGUCUUUCUACUCUAUGGGAGGGUUUCAUUCCUAGAUUGGGGUACGUAAUGGGUUAUCUUUUGAUUUCUAAGUUAAUUGUUGUGGCUAUGUAGUGAUUCUCUGUAAUCCAUAUUGUAACUGACCCCUUCAAAGCUGCUUAUAGAUGGUUUUCAUACACUUUUCUAUGUAAUCCAAUUCCAUCCCAGGAGCAUUGUUGAUAAAAUCAUCAAGUGUUUGUGGAAUAGUGGUUAAAAUAUGAGCAACUUUUGUGUGUGGUAUGAGGUAUUGUGGAAAUGAUGUUAGAAGCUCAUUUUUGGCCUGUAUAAUGAGUGUGUACACUAUAGCAAAUGCUUUUAUUGGUGUGAAGAUAAUUUACACAAACUCCCACAAUAUGGGUGAGCAUUGAAACUUACUGUGUUUAAUUCUGUCUCAGAAAAUCAAGCACUUGUAAGGAUUUUGUAGUUGGCACAUGUAAGUCAUGAUAUCGUAGAGGAUACUACAUGGUGGAGUGGGGGAAUGUGGCACUUAACACUGUGGCGUUGAUUCUGGACCUGGGAAAUGAAAAUGGGUGAAAUGCUAGGACUUGUGUGGAAUUAUUUCAGGUGACAUUCCAUCACCUGUAGGCCCAAGUGCACUUUGCCCACAGUAUCACCUGCAGCAUUUCUAGCUGUGACUGGGAUCCGGAAGAUCAGUGGUUAGAUCCUAAAGUUCUUCCGGUCUUCAAUUAUGUCUUCAAAACAUGUGCAGAACUCAAUGCUUGGAGAUAGUGGCAGGAGAGCAUUGCUGUAGUCUUCUAUGAGAAUUCUGAAUAUGUGAUAAGCAACAGCAACUCCACUUGAAACAUCAUUAGGCAUGAUCCCAUGGGGGUGGGGGCUCAGGAGCUCAAGGCUGUCGUGAACCACAUAGUGAAACCAUGGUUCAGGAAACAAAAACCAUUGCAGGAACACACUGUGAGUUCUGUGUAAGGUUCCAUGGUUCAUUAUUUAGACUUGCCAGGAAAAGUAUGGAGUCCUUGCUGUGUGAUUAAAAAGAGGGCCACUCUGUCAGUAAUGGCUCCUCAGCAGGACUCAGCUAGAACUUGAUCAUUGGUGCAGAUUCAGAGCACAGUGAUCAUGACUCCAGUAAGACACAAACCAGACAUCCUUAGGCUUUCUAGCUCUUAUAUCUGCCCCUCUGCUGAGAGUUACUCCUCUCACUGUGGACAUGUUUUGUUUUUACCAGUGAAGGAGGAGCUCUGAACUUGAGCCUUUGUAACUUCUCCUGUGAAUUGAAAUGUAACAAUAAAAGCAUCACUGUUUCCUUCAGAA